AUGAUGAUAUUCUUCAUUUAUCUAAAGGAUGAUGCACAUAUUUUCUGCAGGGAGUCCCAGGUUAAAGAUGAAGUGAGAAAAGCCUUGGACUUCAUUGAUUAUGUCUAUCAAAUAUUUGGUUUCACAUAUGAACUGAAACUUUCAACGGACAAGUCUAGACGAUGGACAGAUCAACUGCAUAAAUUAUAUCUGAGUUCUUUAGAGGCCUCAUUUGUGAAUGAGUUGCAUCGUUCUAUACAUUUACGUGGUUGGAGCUUUCACACUAAUGCUGAUGAAACAUAUAAAUGUAGAACUCUGCAAAAUACACCUACUACUCCUAGACAGUCUCUGGAUCUACAAGAUGGCUGCCAGAAGAAGAUCAACCUUGAAAAAAUUUCUCCCGUGUUAGAGAGCACAGCUGAUUCUCAUGUUCUUACAGGAAGUGAACCGGGACAUGCAAUGCUAGAUAAAGCUUGUAGUUUGAUAUAUUUUGGGUUUUUUGUACUACUUGACAUGAUUAUGGAACUCGCAUUUUACAUGAUUAUGGAACACACAUUUUUUUGGAUAUUAUAA